CUGAUCGGCCUUAACGCUCUCGUAUUUCUCUACGAGAUCAGCAUCGGCGGGUUCGGGUUCUUCUUCGGCGGCGGCGGCUUGCCGAUCUUCGUCUUCUUCCUGGAGUUCGGCUUUAUACCCGCCGAACUGUCAUCGGUCCGCGGUUUCGAGCCGCUGGGGUCGCGCCCGGGCUUCGUUAGCAUAGCUUCGCCCAUCUCAACUUGGGCGACGCUGCUCACUUGCAUGUUCAUUCACGGCAGCUUGAUGCAUUUCAUCGGCAACAUGCUGUUCCUGUGGGUGUUCGGCGACAACAUCGAAGCGACCUUCGGCCACGUCAAGUAUCUACUGUUCUACAUCGCGGCCGGCGUGCUCGCGACGCUGUCCCACUACGCUAUCGAUCCGUCUUCCCAGACCCCGUUGGUCGGCGCCAGCGGGGCGAUUUCCGGCGUGAUGGGCGCCUACCUCCUCCUCUACCCGCGCAAUCGUAUCCGCACACUGCUGAUCUACAUUUUGAUCACCGUUGUCGAGUUGCGCGCGGUUUGGCUCCUCCUCAUUUGGUUCGGCCUGCAGGCCAUCCAGGGGCUGCUCUCCAUUGGCGUCAGCCAUGAGGUCUCCACGGCCUUCUUCGCGCACAUUGGCGGAUUCGUCGUGGGCGCCAUCGUCGGGUUGGCAGUGCGCCCAUUCCGGCGCGGCCCCAGCGGCAGGUCGGGAUACGGAGGCGAUGCCAACCAACGGCCGCCCCAAUACUGGCGCGGCCGCCGCAUCGACUGA